GAAUUGCCGGAAAGAACAAACAAAAAAAGGCGCUGGUGUAGGCUCCAAAAUAAACAUCUGAAUUCAUGAUGGCAUCGACAGAGGCUCUUAUUGGAUUAAAAGUCUCAAAACAAACAAAAACGCUUUGGAAAAAGCAGGGUUGAAUGCCUGCUUACACCCUCAGGCACGACCAUGGAGAAAAGUGGGAACAUACAACUGGAGAUCCCUGACUUCAGCAACUCUGUCCUGAGCCAUUUGAACCAGCUGCGCAUGCAGGGCCGUCUCUGUGACAUCGUGGUCAACGUGCAAGGACAAGCUUUUCGGGCUCACAAGGUGGUCCUGGCUGCCAGCUCCCCCUACUUCCGGGAUCAUAUGUCCUUGAAUGAGAUGAGUACUGUCUCCAUUUCAGUCAUCAAGAACCCGACUGUUUUUGAACAGCUCCUUUCUUUCUGUUACACGGGGCGGAUAUGCCUGCAACUGGCAGAUAUCAUCAGCUACCUGACCGCUGCCAGUUUUCUGCAGAUGCAGCACAUUAUAGACAAAUGUACCCAGAUCCUGGAGGGCAUUCAUUUCAAAAUUAACGUGGCUGAGGUUGAAGCCGAAUUAAGUCAAACGAGGACCAAGCAUGCAGAGGGACCUCCGGAGUCUCACAGAGUUACACCAAAUCUAAACCGCUCCCUCAGCCCCCGACAUAAUACCCCCAAGGGAAACCGGCGAGGUCAGGUGAGUGCCGUCCUGGAUAUCCGGGAGCUCAGUCCUCCCGAGGAGUCCACCAGCCCGCAGAUAAUUGAACAGAGUUCUGAUGUAGAGAGCCGGGAACCCAUUCUUCGGAUCAACCGAGCAGGACAGUGGUACGUGGAGACAGGGGUAGCAGACCGAGGAGCCCGGAGUGACGAUGAAGUUAGAGUCCUGGGAGCAGUACACAUCAAAACGGAAAAUCUAGAGGAGUGGCUUGGGCCUGAGAAUCAGCCUUCCGGAGAAGAUGGGAGUAGUGCAGAGGAAGUCACGGCCAUGGUGAUUGACACCACAGGCCAUGGUUCUGUAGGACAGGAAAAUUAUACUUUAGGAUCUUCAGGAGCCAAGGUGGCUAGGCCAACAAGCAGUGAGAUUGACAGAUUUAGCCCCUCUGGCAGUGUUGUUCCCUUGACGGAGAGACACAGAGCCAGAAGUGAGUCUCCUGGGAGAAUGGAUGAACCUAAGCAACCCACUUCCCAGGUAGAAGAGUCAGCAAUGAUGGGAGUAAGUGGCUAUGUGGAGUAUCUCCGAGAGCAGGAAGUAUCUGAGCGGUGGUUCCGGUACAACCCCCGUCUCACCUGCAUCUACUGUGCCAAAUCUUUCAACCAGAAGGGGAGCCUGGACCGCCAUAUGCGCCUGCACAUGGGGAUCACACCGUUUGUCUGCCGCAUGUGUGGCAAGAAAUAUACCCGGAAAGAUCAGCUGGAAUACCACAUCCGCAAGCACACAGGCAACAAGCCUUUUCACUGCCAUGUUUGUGGCAAAAGUUUCCCCUUUCAGGCCAUCUUGAAUCAGCACUUUCGCAAAAACCACCCUGGCUGUAUACCCCUGGAGGGGCCUCAUAGCAUCUCCCCUGAAACGACUGUCACAUCUCGGGGACAAGCCGAGGAAGAAUCACCUUCACAAGAAGAGACAGUUGCUUCUGGGGAAACUGCCCAGGGCUCUGUGUCCACUACUGGACCAGAUUGAAACAGCGAGGGGUAGGGGGCAGACUCUCUUCCCCUUUGGGCCAUAAGUAACCAGCAUCAGGGCCAUGGACUGGUACUUAGAUUCACGAAAUGCCACAUCACCAGAUCAGAAGAUGCUCCCAAGAUGUUGCCAAACUAGAGCAUCAGCAACAUACACAAAAGCACUAGAGGCUCUUCCCCUCUUUCUUCCCACCUCACACUUGGAAAAUAAUCAAGCAAAUCAGCUUUCUAAUUCAGGGAUCAACAGCCUUGGUUUGUUAACUUUAUAAAAGUUUUUUUAACAAAACAGUGAUAAAUGGUCAUUUCUCUACCAGUCAUGUUUGAACACUGUACUUUGGUCCAUAUCACCCUGGUGGCUGUCAUCGCCCAGGUAUAAAACAAAGCAGGAGCCUUGGUCAUCUGAACCAGCCAGCCACGAGAGAGAAGGAAGCCAUCGUGAUGGUGAUGAUAAGGGGGAGUUUCUCUUCUUCCUUCCCUGCCAGAACUUGCAGUUUCAUAUUUCAAGGGGAAAAAAAAAAAGAAUCCUGGUAGUUCUUUUCGUUUUGAAAGGUUAGACUUAAUCUUUGCCCAGGCAGGGCACCGGAUACUUUGCCUGAUUGUUUCACGUAAGCGGCCAUCUUGGAGCAGUAUUCUAAUGGGCAGCAUCAUCUGAAGCACUUUAGGCACCUGCAAGUGAAAUGAGCAGCGAUGUGUUUACAAUAGGUAUUCCUGCAUUUGGGGGCUUGAGUGUUGUGUCGAGGAAGAAGGGAGCAAGGGAAGGAAGUGUUUUUGUUUCGCAGUUACUGAAUAUCAAAUAACACAGAGCCAGCUGUACUGCAACUUCCUGAUCAGUGUUUGUAAGCCAUAAUGCUUGCAUAUCUUCGGGUGUUAAGAAAUGGCUCUAGUCCAGAUGGAUAAACGUGUAAGGCUGACUACCAAAGUUUCAUCUAGUCUCUUUGGCUCCUAGUUUCACAUAACAGCAAUAUUAUACAUCAAAAAUGUCACUUUACAGUGAAAUGAGCCUGGAUUCUAUUUUUAAAUUCACAGGUCUCCAUAUUUGAUAACUUUUAUAUGACGUUUUAAACAUUUUUUCUGCAAUAUUGUGGUUGUAGAAAUUCAAUACUAUGGUUCUUACUGCAACCACGAUUCCAUUUCCUCCUGCAUAUGUGAUAGUUUAUAUUUUCAGUCCAAUAGAAGAACCUCACUAAUCCAUGUCUUGCGUGUGCAAACCUAGUAAUUCAUAAACCAACCGUUAGCAAAUUGCUGGUGACUCCAAGAGAUUUGCUUUUUAAUAAUACACUACAGGGCAUUUAUCAGAAAACAUCAUGCACAAUCAUGUUGCAAUAAAUUGAUCAAGGGGAUCGAUUUUAAUCAGGUUUGGUUACUUAAUCAUUCCUAAGAUUUUUGAAACUUCAAGGGACCUUUUGGUAAUUCUGGGUAUUUCUGAGAUUCUUAAUCCAGCACCGAGAGUCAGAAAGAAUUUACCAAACUUAGAGCUUCAGAUGCCCUGUCUUGCAGGCAGAGAAUGAAGGAGGAUCAUUAAGGGAUGCAGGCAAGUAGAUGCUUACAAGUUACAGUGCAAAUAGAAAGGAGAAAACUCUCUGGCUUCUCGUAAUUGAUCAUUGAUUUCUUAGAGAGUAUUUAAAUACAUAGUGGUAUAAGAAAUUGUUUUGGUACAGGGGCAUAGAUGAUUGUAAAAGAGAUUUGGGAGAGGGUUUGAUCAUGCCUGCACUGGUGGUGAGCCAUUCAUGAGAACAUUAGUGGUGCGCCCCCUUCCUGAGAAUGCUUUGGUUAUGUGGAAAAGUGGGUAGGAAAGAUGGCCUUGCUUUGAUGAUCAGAAGUUAGAAUGCAGAGGGUAACUCUUAAGCAAUCUGAGACCUGUACAUAUACAUACAGCUGUACCAUAUCACUAGUGAAUGGUUCUUUUUCUCUUCUGGAAAAACAAUGCGUCUUUUAACAGGAAUGUAAUGAUGCUACUACUAUUUGAUUAGCGCCUACCCUUAAAAGUCACGUUGAAGCCAUAUUUUGUCUUCAGAAAACAGACUGUGGCAUUCUCUUUAGUUGGGCAAUAGCAUGAUAGGGUGAAAACUGCCACCUCAGGCCGUCUUAGGGAGCAGCUGUGCUCUGUGGCAUGGAAAAAGUGGAGCUGAAAUUAGACUGAAAUCUUUGAAGAAGCAUUUCAGCUGGCAAUCAAGGUUUUUGGUGGACAGAUUCUGCCAUUACUAAAUAGGCAGGGAGGUGAGAGGUACAGAAUACGCUGCUUUAGAAGGACUGUUUAAGCCUACCAAAAAAAUGUAGGUCCAUCCUACUUUUGAGAAGAAGUAUGCUGGAAAGUUCUGUAUUGCUUUGUUAGUUUUUUAGAUGUUAUAUGAGAAAAUAGAGCUUUUAAAACUAUUACCAAAUUGUAAAAGUGAGGUGCAGUCAUUUCUGUGAAGAGGAACUUCUGCAGCAUUUGUCAGUACUCCAUCCAGGGUGAGCAACAGACAUUUUAAGUGAACUAGGGACUGUUUGAUAGAUGUGGAAAUACUGUGAGGGUUUGAUGGGUUACCCCCUCCUUUUUUAUUCACUGCUAACAGGUUUUUGCUGUAUCUAUACUGUGAAUAGAGUGUUUUUUCGGUCAUCUAGGACCACUUCAGCACAAUCAUGUUUGCUGGUUCUCUCCUCUUAAUUGGCCUAGUGCAGAGCCAUGAAAUUCAUGAAAACUCAAACCAGCCUAACUUUUAAACAGAUUUAAGUUUCUGAAAACAAUUUCUCCAUUUUAGUUAGAAGAGAUAUUAUUAUUCUAAAUAACUAUCCAAGAUUCUUAUCCAGGUUCACUGUGACAUUGUCCUAGUUCUUAGCUAACAUCCUUGUAGGGACAUAGGAGUUAGUAGCAUUCUAUCUACAUUAAUGAAUAGCUCUAUAGGUAUGUGCACAGAGGAUACCUCUCUUAAGGAUGUACUGAAUGGACUUUAGCUAAUGCUGAAAACUCAUUACCAAAUUUUAACUUGCACAUGUCACCUUGUGAAGGGAACAGCAUUAGCAGUGAGAGCUAAAUCAUCAUUAAAUACUCUAAUGCCGUGAAAUAGCAAACACUGGGACUGUUUUCAUUUGUUGAGUGGCCCUUAAUAGCAAAGGAGCUACCUACUAUUCUCAGCAAAAGACGAGAGAUGACGUUAUCUACUUUCACUCUAAAAGGUACCUUUUAUUUCCUCUCUCAGAAUUCUGAUACCAGUUUAAAAUACGGCAUUGGCAUGAAAAGUAAUAUUGUACUUCAGGCAGAAGGCUCUUCCUAAUGACUUGUUCUCUCUUUACUCAGAACCGUAUUUACCUCUGAAAAGAGUUGAGUUUCUGUGAGUUGCAAACUACCCCCUAGUUAUUUGUUAUACCAGAGGGUCAAAGCUAGUCUUGAAUACGUAAGCAUAAAUUAGUUCCUGAAGGAUAAAGAUUGGAAAACAAGGGAGAUAGCAGUUAAGGGAAGUUUUUGGUAUUUUUUUAGUGUUUCCAGUUCCCUCUAGAUCAUUGAAACAGGGUUUUCCAAAGAUGGCAUGACAAUAGAAAUAAACCAUUUUCCUACUAACUUCAUAGUUGAAAUCUGACCUUGAUUGGAACUGGUUUGAUAGAAGAGUGAAAUAGUGAACUUCAUCCUUAAUAGCUGAAUAGUCUUUGGUCAGGAAAUAACUUUUAAAAGGUUUAGCUGUUUCUUAACACUAAUUUUAUUUUAACUGGUAAAAACAACAUUUUGUUUGACUAGAAUAUCUAAUUUAAAGAAAUGAAAGCAAUGAGCAAUAGAAAGGAAAUUAAAUUUGAACAAAGAUAAAAAGUCUUAGUCAUAGUGAAAAGGCAUUUAAUCAGGGAGGAGUUGGAAUCUUGGAAGUUUUUAUUUUUUCAGCUGUAACAGGCAUGUGGAUUUUUUUGUUUUGUUUUUUCUCUUCCUCAGAUGUUCUCCUUAUCUGUGUAUUCAUUCAUUCAGUAUUUUGGUUGCUGAGAUUUAGAAAAAGAACAAGUAGCAAUUAAGUCAGGUAAAUCUCUCCAUUUGAGAGGAUGCCCUAAGGGGGCAAAGUAUAUCUCUAGGAUUUAGGAAUUAGAUCAAGAUUCAGCAAACCCCAGUCCCCAAGCCAAAUCCUUAGGUCACCUUUAUGUAUAAAGAAAGUGGUAGUGGAAGAGAGCCACACCUGUUCAUUUAGGUAUUAUGGCUACUUUGUACAGUCAUUGCAGAGUUGACAGAGACAGCAUGGCCUGCUGUCUGGCUCUUGACAGAAAAGGUUGCCAAGUCCAGAAUUAUUAAUAGAUUCGAAAGAAUUACACCAUCCCCCUCAAUUUGUCACUCUUGUCAUUUUGCCUUUAUAACAGGUUGGUUGAGGUUUUAAGUUUGUACUGCCGUGUAUGCAUCAGUUUCUUGAAAGAGGUUGCCAUCUUUUUCUAGAUCCUUGUCUCAUUUAUGCUCCUUCUUGAAUCCCAGUGCAUUAGAGCAUUUAGAGCAGGCCUUAUGAUUUGUCCUUGCCUUUAAGGUAGAUGGCAGUCCACUCCAAUACUCUUGCCUGGAAAAUCCCAUGGACAGAGGAGCCUGGUAGGCUGCAGUCCAUGGGGUCGCAAAGAGUUGGACAUGACUGAGCGACUUUACUUACUUACUUAAGAUAGAUUAAGUUGAGGAUGUUAAUUACAGAUUUAAGAAAGUAAUUUUUAAAAAUAAUUCCCAUAAAAAAAUAAUAAUUCCCAUAAAUGAUAACAUACGGUUAAAUGAAUACCAUGUUUAGAGAAAAUACUGGGGAAGAGAACUAAUGUUUUUAUAAGUAAAUUUUGCCAUUUCUCUAAGUUAACAUGAUGAUGGCAAGACUGGAUUUAUUCCCACUAGUAUUAAAAUUAAUUUCUCUUAAGAAUAAGGGGUUUGAUUCCUAUCCAAAGUACAGUUUUUCUAGAUUAGAAACUACCCAUUUCUUUACUAUAAAUCUUCAUUUUAAUUUACUCAAGUAAACUCACUCUGUUUUAUAUGGAGUAGUAAAAAGCCAAAAUCUUCCUUUUUUAAAAAAAAAGAAUAUUUUAAAACUUAAAACAUCUGAAGACUUAAAGUUCUUUUUAGAACUAUCUCCCAAUUUCUGUUAUUGUUUGUAAUUCUCAAUAUAUAUUGGGACAUUAUAUCUUUGCUUUGUGAAUGUUCAUUCCUACUGUUCAAUUAGUUUAUGCCAGAUGUGGAAAAGUAAAUGGAAAAUGUUAGAAUGAUAAUAAACGUAAUUCCUUGGAAGAGGAAAGUAUAAUGGCUCCGCAUCUGAAAAACAGUGCAUGGACCUCUGAGUUAAACUUAUCUGGGCAGAGAGUUCUAGGCCACGCUCAUACAGUGCAGUGAGUUUGAUUCUUACUUUGUUGUGGUUUCUACCAACACAUGUAAAGUUUGGAUGAGUGACCUGACCGCAUGCAUAUACAGCACCUCUUCACUAUACAUUUUAUUCUUAAGGUUGCCUUUUUCUAAGGUGGAAAUUAGGUUUUAUAUGUUAUACCCUCCGAGUAAUAGAUAACCUUCAUCUAGAAGGUUCCAGAAUAUUUGCAUAGGUCAGAUCUGCUUUGUCUUGGAGCACUUGUAUUAAUAAUGAGUUCUUGAGAUUUUAGAGUGCUGUUUUCCUGGUUAAUUUGGGAUUCCAGUUAAUCUAGGGUAUAGGACUUGGGAAAGAAAUUGUAUUUAGGUAGUCCAGUGAAUCAUUUGCAUAUACCUCCAUUUGAGGUCUUGGUAACAGAUGUCAUUUAAAUAAGAAUCUGUUGAAAAUAAUGGAGUUUGCCAAGCAUUAUGAGUUCUUUGAUAACUGUUAGUCUUAAUGUGGUUUCACCUCCUUUGCUUUCUCGUGUCUUUCUGUUUUUCACUCUUUUUAUUAUUAAGUGGUGCUUUUCCUAGGACCAGUCUUUUUACUUUGCAUUAAGUAACUUUUCUUGCUCAAGACAAACCAGAGUUGGAUAGUUUCAUACUUUCAAACCUGACUUAAUUACAUUCCAAAAGAUGUAAUUGUUGAUAGGAACAGUGAAAUCAAAACCUACAAGCUAUCUGUACAUACUAUCUGGUUUUGUGUAGGCAGACUAUCUUUUCCCUCAAUUGUGAAAAACAGCAGUGACUUAGAAGGCAAGCAUUGCCUGAAAUAUGCAUUAUGUUCACAGAGGGUACACAUAUAAAUAAAUUUCUUAUCUUACAUCUUCCCCCUUAUCUGUAUAAUAAAUACCUCUCAUCGUAAUGUAAUUAAGAAAGGUCCAUUAGCUCAAAUAGUGGAAGCUUUAAACGCAAAGCUUAGUUAAGCAGCUAAGGGGUGGAAAACCACUUUUCUAAUGCUUGCUUUUUUAUGUUGACUCAGUAAGUCCUGUUAAGGAAACUAGAAUUCACCACCCACUUAAGAUAUUUGUUCAGCAUCUCAUAUGACCAACAGCACAAUAUAAUAUACUGUGAAUCUUAGAAUCUGAAUUAAUCCAUAGUGCCGGAAGUCAAAGUAUAUAUCUCAUGGGGAAAUGUUUCCUAUCUUGUGAAAUCACUUAUAUGGCAGGUAGCAAGAGGAGAAUCUGUUCUAUUAAGUACAUUUUCGUUCCAUUAACUAAUUUUUGGUACCAGACGGUGUGCUUGGAAUUUGUAUAGCAAAACUGAUUUUAUACAUAGUUUAGAUGUGGCUUCCUGUACUUGAGAGUAUUAAACCCACUUGGUUAGAGGCUGGUAUACAUGUUUCAAAGCCCUGAGGGUCAAAAAGAAGGGGACAGAAUUAACCACACUAAGUGCUUUAGAGACAUAACUGCAGUUAAUUCUCAAAAUAAUUCUCUGAGGUAGGAACAGAAGUAGCUAAAAAUUACUGACUUUGAAUGUUAACUAUGUGUUAAGCACAGUUUUAUGUGCCUCACAUUAAUUAACUCUGCUACUCCUUAUGAUAAACACAUUAGAGUCGAUGCUGUUACUAUCCUCACUUUAAAAAGAAACCGAAAAAAAAAGAAAAGAAACUGAGACCCAGAGAGGUUGACCUAGACAGUCUUUCACUAGACUUGACACUCUUAAUGGACUGUGUUGGCCUUUAACAGGUAUAAUUAUACCAUAUUUUAUAGAUGAGGAAACUGUUGAGCCUAAGAUUACACGAUCGAUAAAUUGCAGAGCCAAUAUUUACCAAUCUGAUUCCAAAGCCCAGACUAUCUCCAGUACAUCAUGUUAACUCUGUUUACUUAACAGAGUUGUAGUGAACUAGAAUAUACCAUAGCCAGUAACAGCACUGCUUUUAGGGAACUUUUAAUUCAGGAAUAAGUGAUCAGAAGGUUUCUCCAAGAGAUAAUGCAGUUGAUUUCGAGCAGAUGUUGAAUGGUGAACAUUUUCUGGGAAUGUUGCCCACCAAUUUAGAGGAGUCCCCCAUUUGGUGGUUCUAAUUGUGAACAACUGCUUGAGUUACUACUACCAAGGCAGAAAUUGAAAGAUGGCAUUCCAGUUACCUGUUGUAUGUAAUGAACUCUCUAAAUCUCAGUGACCUAAAACAGCAACUGCUUUAUAUAUCACAUGUUGUGAAUCAGAAGUUCGGGAAAGGCUUGUCUAGGCAGUUUCAUGUUCCCUGUGGUGAUGAUUCAGGUCAUCUGAUAGUAUUUAGCAGGUGGUUGGACUGGUCAGGGUGUCCAAGGUGAGCUCACUGUCCCGACACCUUGGUAGAGAGGACUGGAAAACUAGGCCCAGCAGGCCUCCUCCCCGUCUCUGGAGCCUCGGGACCCUCCAUCUGAUCUCUCCAUCAGAGUAGUCAAAUUUAGGAGAUGGCAGCUCAGGCCUCCCAAGUCCUCUUCAAGGCCAGGCCCAGAGCUUUCAUAAGAGUCAUCACCACACACUAUUGGUCAAAGAAGUCACUGGUCAGCCCAGAUUUGAAGGGAGAAGAGAUACCUUACCAGUUGAUGGAAGAUGUGUCAAGGAUUUGAGACCAUCUUUAAUCUGUUACAGGCAGCAGUAGGUGUUUUGGAUUUGUCUUAACUUGUGUGUUCAUUUAGGUCAGUUGUUUGUGCCAUAAGAAACCAUUUCUUCUACUAGCCAUGGUUGGAAGAAGCUAGAAGGAGAAUGAAACAAAUACCUGGAACAGAUUUCAUUAGCUUCCCACCCCCAAGUUUCACUUAUAGCAAAAUUUCCACAUUUUCUUUUGUGCACGUUCCAAAUUGUUUGCCCUUUUUUUUUUUUUCCCCCCCUGUGAAGCAACAGUAACUGUCGAUUCUAAACCAGAAGUAAUCUACAGAGGGAGUAAAAACCUUGCUGUUACAGACCUUGGUUUAUUAGAGAUGUCAGCUGUAGUUCAUUUUCAAAUAGGCAAAAACUCCUGUGGUGUGGAAAAUUCAUAUGGCUGCUAAAUCUGUUUCAACAGGAGUUUCUAUUAAGUGGCUAGAUGGAUUAUAUUUUUGACAUAAUUGAAAAUUUUGCCUACAUAUACUACAUCUUUGUUCUGUGUUCAGUCUCUCAGUUAUGUCCAACUCUUCUCAACAACCCUUUGGACUGUAGCCCACCAGGCUCCUCUGUCCAUAGGGAUUCUCCAGGCCAGAAUAACUGGAGUGGGUUGCCAUUUCCUCCUCCAGGGGAUCUUCCCGACCCAGGGAUCGAACCCUCAUCUCCUGUGUCUCCUGCACUGGCAGGCAGAUUUUUUACCACUGAGCCACGGGGGAAACCCCCUACCUGUCUUUACUGCCACCUCCGGCACAAAUUUGUGCUGGAGAAGAGGUUCAUUCCAUUUAUAUUACCUUCCAUUUUGGAAACUCUCUCGCUCCAUUUUAUAGUUGUUAAUCCUCUAAAAUUAUCAGUUGCUACUGGCUUCUGUUGACUGAAAUGACAGAUCAUGUAAGUGUUAUGAUUUGGGGUUAGAUUUGUCAAGUUUAGGGUGCUUUACCUCCUGCUGGCUUAUAAAAGGACUUCUAUUGCUUUCAGAAGAAAUAAGGGCAAAGAAUAAAUUCUGUUGGAAAAAUGAUCAUCCCCAAAUCAUCUUUCUAAGAGAAGAAAGGUUUGGUGUUAUCUAUCCAUUCUAUCUGCAGUGGUUUCUUGGAGAAUUAGUUGUGGGGGCUUCUUGUUGGUCUAUCCCAAUUAGAUCAUAUAGUUGAAGGGAUCUCUGUUCUUGGGUCAGGCCUCAGGAAUUACAAAUACAGGAAAUAAAAGGGGUACUCAGGGCUGAAAACUUUAAUUUAGGAUUCUAGAAGAUCCUGGGACAGGAAAAAAGGACUUUGGCAUUUGUGGUUGAAUAACCAGAUAUGGAAUGUUUGAGUCAUUUAGGCAUCCGUAUUAAUUAGAUUUUAUCAUACAAUGAUUGGGGCAAAUUUUGAUGAAUAAAAAUCAGUGAGCCUUAACAUUUUCCACUCUGCUGUACCUCAAAGUCUGCCCAUUAUGACAGAGAAAACCUUUGAAAAUAUAUUCCCAGGGAAUGAAAAAUUGAUUCUAGGUACUUUUGCUCUAAGCAUCUUCGCCAUAGACAUCUCUGCUGCAGACAUUUUCACCUUAAUUACUAAUUCACUGCAAGGCAAUUUUCCCGUAAAAGAUAAAAUAGUAAAAAAUAAAAGAGGGAUAUUAAAGAGGACAUAAUGAAACAUGAUAAAUGAAUGACAGUUUUUUUUUUUAAACUUAAAAGCAAAUUACAAAAUAUUUGAAUACAUCUAAAAUGUGUGUAGUUCAUGGCAAUUCUGCACAAAUAACUGAUUUUCAUAUUUUGUGUGUUGUACCUAAGCAGUUGUCUUCCAGGUCUUUCAUUCUUAGUAUUGAGUAUUUUGAUCAUCUCCUCAUCAGCAUUGUGCAUUUUCUUUUUUCUUAAACUUCUUACUUCAUUGAGAGAGGUGUCAGUUUCCAAAUAACCAGGAUGCAUAUUCGUAACCAUGCUUUGUAUCACAUCGUGAAAGCCUCUGCACUAUUGUUUGUUCUUGGCAUCUUGUCAUAUGUCUGUUCAUACUUUCCAUAGUUGUAUAGGAAAUGUGGGUUCAGCUCUGCACCUUUGAGACUUUUGGCCUGUUUAUCCUCCAGUGUAGUUUGUUUCAAAAUAAGAAACCAACUCAUGGGCCAGUCAUCAUUAUCUGUCAGUUCAGUAAAACCAUCAGUAAUGUCACUAACUGGGAGACACGCCUGUCAAGACCAAACUAUCGAAGCAAAAACUGUUAUCCAGUUAUUUUAUCUUUUGUGGCAAAAUUGUCUUAUGGCCAAUUAGUCAUGGUGCAAAAAUGUUUGCAGCAAAGCAGCUCAGGGCAAAAAUACUGGUUACUUGAAAAAUCUUUGAUAAUUUAUGAAGAUGCCUCUCGUUCGGUGUCUUAUAGCCCUUUGGGCCCUCCUCUAGAUUCUCUGACUCUUAAAUUUGAAAUCAUCUGGUGGUUGCACAAGAACUAAAUACAGUUGACUCUUGAACAAUGUGGGAGUUAGGGUGCAACCCUCUGCAAGUGGAAAAUCUGCCUAUAUCUUAAUAAUUGGGCCUCUGUUUCUGAGGUUCCUCUGUAUCUGGGGAUUCAACCAACUGCUGGAGGUGUAGUAAUGUAGCAUUUACUAUUGAAAAAAACCUGGGUAUAAGUGGACUCAUGCAGUUCAAACCUAUGUUGAUCAAGGGUCAACUGUACUAUGGUCUCAAGUUGAAAAAGAGGACAAAGAAGAAAGGGAACCUGUAGAUUGACAAAAUACUUAUUUUUUCUUUUCAGCAUCAUAAGUCUAAACCAUUAAAGCUAAUAACAACUACUUGAGAAAUUCCUAUGGUUUAUAUUUCUGCAUUUAGCACAUCUUAAAGCAGAUGUUUUUGACAUAUUUGAAGAUGAUCUACUGAGUUUCCUGUAAAUUAACAGAAUCCUAACUCUAGUGGUUCUUAAAGAGCCAUUGCAAAAACAGAAUUACAACACAGGGAACAAAGCUUAAAAUGUGUUUCCUCUGGAAGCCAAGAUGAUAAAGCAGGGGUCACUAAGAGUGUGGCUGAAAUCCACUUCGAGAAUGGCUAUCAGUCAGAUAGCAAAGAUAUGUAAAAUUUAUAUGGUAUUUGCUAUUUUUACAAAAAUUAUUUUAAAUCAUGUAACUUGAAAAGUGAGCCUGUUUUCUUUUUGGAAAAGUGGGCCAAUAAAAAUAAUACUAAUAUAAUUCAAUUGUAUAUGCAUGUGCAUUGGACACAGAGUGGUAUACUAAAGAUAGUUCAUGCAAAUAACUUUUGUGGGAAGUUUGGCUAUUUUCUUAAUAUCUUUUUUUCAGAAAUGUGUGUUUAUAAAUAUAUUUACUCAUCCACUAUAACCUUGGUAGCUUUAGAAGCAUUUUGUUAGCUAUAUCAUUGAUUAUAAAAAUCAAUUUCUUGGCAUAGUAGGCUAUGAGAGCUUUUAGUUGCUUUGUUUGUAUUUUGGCUAAGAAAAUUAUUUCUCGCACUUUGUAUUUAUAAAGAUGUUAUAACACUUUGCACCCACUUAGCGCAGCUGUUCUUUAGUGACAAAAGAUAUAGGCGUUAAAGUGAAAUGUAUGUUUAGAAGCCCGGCAAAAGGAGGGCUCUCAAAAGAACAAAUUUGGCUUGAAUCUACCAGAGAAAAGCUGGGGGUUAAUAUAAAAUUUAGGUUGAAAAUAUCUGUUGGAAUAGGUGUGCAGUCACUGCAAGUUGCAAUAUCAUUAUAAAUUGCCCGCUAUAUGUUUGUGAUUUGAUGCAUGUGUGUGAGAAAAAGAUGUCUGAUGAAGGCAGAUAAGUUAGUGUAGAAACUUCUACCUCCCAUUAAAGACAGAAUAUUCCAAGUUUGCCCUGUAGCCCUUUACGCAGGAGGCUGGAUUCCUCAGCCACUGUCCACCUCAUUCUCUUUUGUACUCGCUUUAGCUCCUCUACCUCUGAGCACUUGGCUGCAGACAGUGUAGCUUUCUGUAGCAAGCACAGGAAAGCUAGACCCGAAAUAGAGAGGCCGCAGUAUCUCACUUCUCAAUGUCAUCUUCACUUGUAAAUGUUUGGUUUUGUUGCCCAAAUCAGUGUCAGAACACUUGGGUUUAGUGCUUUUAUCCACUGGCCUCUGUUUGGCAAGAGUAGCCCUUGGAAGUGGAGUUUUUCUGCUGUUUUUUAAAGAUGCACUCAAUUCCUUUUAAUGAUGUGAAAAUUUUGUUUGAAUCCUGAGCUUUUUUAAAUUUUUUAAUUGCCAUUUGCAGCCCAUUUUGGGGACUGGAAUAUCAACCAUAUUUUCCUGAUGUUGAGCCUUCUGCCAGUAUCUUGACAUGCAGUUUUGCAUGACCUGGAUUUUUGGAUGACCUAUUUUGCUUUUAGACACUCUGAAAUUCUUCUCUUUAUAAUGCCAAGAAUGUUACAAUAGUUAGGAUGGCCUAUUGUGGGUGUCAGGAAAUUCAGUUUCGGUAGUAAAUGCCACUAGGCAGACCACCUAAUCUUUAAAUGCAGUUGGAGCAUUCAGCUGAUUUGCUUUUGGGGGCACACUAGUCCACUGAGCCAAAUCAGGUUACCUAGCUUUUGAACAUUUGUUACAGUUGAGAAAGGACUUUUGGGCCUUUCAGAAAUAUCCCGGAAUGCUUUCCACCUUUUCAUCCAAAGGCACUGGUUAGAAUGGCUGCUUGUGAUGUCCAAACAGGGACUUGCGCUGGUUAGGAGUGAAAAUGAGAGAGUGAUCCAUUUGCAGACUUUUGAGAGUUUCACAUCCAUGUUUUAGGUACUAACUGAUAACUGUUUACUUUCCUGUUGACUGGAUAGGGCAAGUGACAGUACUGACAGUGUGAAAUUCCAAAUUCAAUAAGCAGUACUCAUUGGUGACGACUGAUGUAUUAGUCGUCUAAUAGUAACCUUCAUCUGUGUAACAGUAUGAAUUCUGUAAGGAGAUACUAAAAUCAUGUGAAUCUGUUCACCACAGCUAUCUUUUUUCUAACUACAGAAUAAUUGUCAGCCUAUAAGCCAUGCUACUAAAAACCUAGACUCAGGAACCUGCUUAGGAAAAUUCUUCCUUCUGGCUUAUCUUUUAUUUGUGCCCAGAGUCUUGGCCUAGACCUGUCCCCAGCUGUUUUGCUACAAACACAUACUUAAGGUGCAGUCUUACCUAAGUCAAUAAUACACUGUCAGCCAUGCAGUCUGUUUUACAGCCAAAGUGAUUUAUUGAAAUGCAAAACAAAAAAAGUGAGAGAUGCUAGGUCAUUUCUUGGAGGCAUGUUGAAUCAAUCUAUGAAUCUGGGAGGAAGCAUAGAGUCUUAUCUUCUAUCUGGCUUGGGUGGACAGUGACUUUAAUGCUUUCUGUUAAAAUACUACAGAGCUAGUUGACCUCGACCAGUAGUUCUCAAUUUUGGCUGCACAUUAGAAUCACCUGGGGCUUUUACAAAAGGCCA